UGGGGCCUCCGGAGCCCGGGGGGAGGAGUGCAGCCUGGGGAUCAUUAACAGAGAAGGGACAGAGCACGGGAGGGAGGAUAUGAACCCGGAUCCCUGGGGCAGGGCCUUCGACCGGCGAAGCCCCCCAGGGCAGGAACCCAAUUGCUGAAGGCUGGGUCUCGGGGGCACUUGCAGCCACCGAUCAGCCCAGGAGAGGUCCGUGCCCCCGGCCAGCCCGACAGAGGCACCCGUCUGUUUUAGAUACUCUUCACUGUGAUAUCUGGGGAAACUGAGGCACGGAGAAACCAAGACCAUAGCACAGCAGAACCUUGAACCCAGGUCUCCCUAGUCUGCAGCUGUGCCUCUGACCCCUAGCUGAGCCUGCCUUCUGCUCCCCAGGCCAGACGGGGGUGGGGUCCAGCUGUGAGGUGCCCCAGGACAGAGACACCCCCUGGUGUGGGGGUGUUUCCGUGCAGAUGUUGCUACCUCCUAGGACCGCACCGCUGGAGGUUUGGGAUGCUGAGUGUGGGGGCUUGCAGCGAACCGAAUGGGGAUUAGGCAACCUGCUUUGGACAGGGGAAAGGAAGGACAGACGACUGUGAGCUUUGUAUCUGGGCAGCGCCCGGCGCAGAGAGAGAGAGAGAGAGAGGACAGACCAUCUGACCAGGUGGGCAGGGAGGUUGGCAGAGAGCAGAGUGUGUUGGGGAGGUGUCUGUGUGUGUGUGUGUGGGGUGCCCCAAUUGCCACGGGGCCCAUGGCGGCCUCCCAGCUGGACUGCCUGGAGGACGCCCCCGCAGGGAACCCGGUGAUUGAAUCCAGGCCUGAAUUCUUCUACUCGGAGGGGCAGCGGAUGGCUGUGGAGGCCCUGCUGGCCGGAGGGCAGUCAGCCUACGCGCAGCGCCUGGCGCAGGACCGGCUGCGCCCCUUCCUGUCCGAUGACGAGCUCCAGCACCUGGCCGAGGGGGCCCGGGACAUCCCCGAGCCUGCGGGGGAGCAGGACGGGGAUGCCGACGAGCUCAGCCUCAGCUACUGGCCUGGGUGCUCGGACGAGCCCAUCCCCGAACUGGAGCUGGGCUGGCCCCUGGACAGGAACUGGAAGGGCACCACCUGCGUGGAGGUCUACACCCACCCGCCGGGGGACGGAGCCCCCAAGGUCAAGGAGCUGGUGCGCAGGAAAAUUCAGCAGGCUGCCAAGGUGAUUGCCAUAGUGAUGGACGUCUUCACGGACCCUGAUAUCCUGCUGGAUCUGCACGAGGCCGGCAUGCAGCGCGGGGUCCCCGUGUACCUGAUCCUGGGGGAACAGCACCUGGCCGCCUUCCUCAGCAUGGCCGAGGGCGCCUGCCUCAAUGUGCACUACAUGCAGAACCUGCGGGUCCGGGUCAUUGCGGGCUGCACCUUUUGGAGCCGAAAGCGCAAACAGGUCACUGGGACCCUGAAGGAAAAAUUCCUGCUGAUCGACGGGGACACAGUGAUAACAGGGAGCUACAGCUUCACGUGGAGCGAUGCCCGGCUGAGCCGCCAGCUGGUGACGCUGCUGACGGGCGAGAUCACCGGGGCCUUCGACCGCGAGUUCCGGACCCUCUACGCCGCCUCCCGCCCACUGGCGCCCGCUCAGGUCCCCCUGCUCAGCCCCCCAGCCCCGCCCCGGGAUGGCUGCCCCAACGGCCAGCCUGCCCCCUACCGCAGCGAGCUGGGCGGGCUGCAGCUCUCCAAGGGCGCCCACCGGGUGGCCGAGCGCCGCUCUGUGGCCCCCCAGCCCGUGGCCAAGAGCCGGGCCGGGGAGUGGGAGCUGGUGCGGGCCACCCGGGCCACAGCCGGCGACGAGCCCCCAGCCCUGCCCCGGCGCCUGGGCCCCGAGGGCCACAGCGCCCUGAGCGACGUGGACCAGGGUGGCCGGCCAGGCCGGCUGGCGAGCGCCAUGGGGCAGAGACCCAGCAAGUCCCUCUGGGACCUGAGCCGCCUCUCCCAGCUCUCCGGCUCCAGCGACAGCCUUGAGCCGGGGGACGAGACGAAGGGCAAGCACCAGUGGGGCCUGCCGGACACGCCAGCCCGGGCGCUGAUGAGGCGGAGGGGGGCUCCCCCCGCCGGCGAGGAGCCCCGCCCUUUCCCCGUCUUCCUGUCGCCCGCCUACGCGCCCCCGCCGCAGGGCUUCCGGGCCUUGGGCCGGCUGCAGGGGCAGCUCUACCAUGGGGCCUUGGCCCUGCCCCGGGUCUGGGGGGGCCCCCACGGCUACAGCAGGGAGCGUCGCUAUUGAACGGGCAGCUACCGGUAUCGGCCGGCUGGGGGGCGGGGGGGGCGGCAGAUGAGAGACCACCCCCCCCCCCACACACACACACAUCUUCCCAGGCUGCCCCCAACUGGGGUAGGCCCAUCGGUUACGCUGGACCCAGCGUGGGAGCAGGGAGUUACGCUGGGAGGAGUUGGGGCCGGCUUAUGGGGUGAACUGGAACUGCCCUGCACGCUCCGGGCCCGGUUGUCAGCCCGGGGUUGAACGGGUGAGGCUGGAAAGUCCCUGGAAUCAACCCGGCCCUGGGAGCCGCAGUGCUGGUGUCGCUGGGGGGAACUGGGGGGCCUGGAGGGGGCCAGGGCUUGGUGUUUUGCAGCCCUGCGGGCGGGCGAGUACGGAUUAUACGGGGACACGAAAGCGGGAGGGGGAGGAUGAUUGGGGGCAG